AUGAGGUUGCCUACACCUCAAGCCCAGUCGUAUCUCCACGCACCCACACCGAAGCACCCAAAAUGUGUAAACUUGGAUGCGGUCGUUGCGCCUACGGCUACGGGCCUGGUUACUGCUGUGAUGACUGCUAUGGAUAUGAUUGUAACAACUUUUGCUGCGUGGUUACUCCAUGCUAUUCCACUAAAGCCUGCGUCGGUGGCUGCUGCUACGGUGACCGCUGUCGAUGCAAGAGGUACUGCUGACUUUCCAGGCGCCGAAAAUUGA